AGUAGGUAGGAGUACAGCAAUGGCGGCGGCGGCGGCGGCGGCGGCGGCGAGGAGGAAGCAGGAGCUGGAGUGGACGGGGCGGGUGACGGCGGCGGCGCCGGCGGCGACGGCCGACGAGGCGUGGGCGCUGCUCUCCGACUUCCUGGCGUUCCACCGGUGGCACCCGGGCGUCGCCAAGUGCCGCCGCGUCUCCGGCUCGCCGCGCUCGCCGGGGUGCGUGCGCUACUGCGAGGGCGUCCCCGGCCGCGCCGGCGGCGUCGCCGGCGCCGCCGACUGGGCGCACGAGACGCUGCUCGAGCACGACGCUGCCGGGCGGGCGCUGCGGUACGAGAUGAACGACAACAACAUGGGCUUCGGCACGUUCUUCGCCACGCUCAGCGUCGCCGCCGCCGGCGCCGCCGCCGCCGCCGGCGGGUGCGAGCUCCGGUGGGAGUUCGAGUGCGAGCCCGUGGCCGGCACGGCCAAGGAGGCGCUCGCCGCGCGGCUGCAGGACGGGAUCGACGGCAUGGCGCGUAGGGUGCAGGAGGCGCUCGCCGGCCGCCGUGGCGACGCCGCCGCCGCCGCCGCGGUGGCGAUGGAGGCCGCCAACUCCGGCGACGUGAACAAGCUUGGAACGUCCAUUGCUGUUUGAGGAUCAACCAAGUUGGCGUUACUGUUUCGUGGGGUUUUAUUGCACUGUUUUAUAUCGUAUCAAGUAUUAAUUGUUGUGUUGUUCAUUUGGUUGUUUGUAGGGGGGAAGGAGCCCUAUGUUUUUUUACUGUAUGGUAUCAUAUUGAUAUGACAAAAAUGUUUCUGCAGUUAUUAUUAGGACAGCUGUGAUAUACUCUCAUGUUAAUUAAAAUUUGGCAAUA